AUUCUCGACGGAUGCAGAAAUUGUACGAGGAAGAACUAGGGUUUCAUCUUUUGCCGUAAAACCUUUUCCAUCAGAAAGUAACAAUGAUCUACGACGUUAACUCUCCUCUUUUCCGAUCCUUCCUCAGCCAGAAGGGAGGUUCCUCCGAUAAGAGGUUUGUUGAGCAGAAGCCAAAAGAGCAGAAACCUAAAGCCAGUGAGAACAAACCUAUCAUGACUGAGUGAUAACAGCUUGGUUGCAUUCAGUUGUAGAAUGAAAUCGGGGGCUAGUUAGCUAAUGUGUUGCUUCUAUAAAAAGUAUGAACUUUUGGCUGUUUUAUUUGGUGUAUGUGAUGAAUCUGGAGCUUGCUAUUUGUAGUGGUUUAAUUUCCGUUAUGGUUAUUGUGGACCUGUGUUGGACCCGUUUUGAAUUUGACGCACACAAGCAAUGAAGGGACUCGUUUUAAAGUUUAGUUAGAAAUACAAUGUAAUUUCUGUGUCAACAGUGACAUUGAUUACAUAUAUAACGAGUAUGAUUUUCUUG